AUGGUCUUCUGUGGCGCCGACUUCCAAGUGUCGAAAGCACCCGUGGCGUCCGUUGCCAUCCAAAUCAAAGCCAAAUUGACUGUGAAUGAUGCAGCCAAGAAGACGUCAAAGAUCCGCGACUUUGCCACUGAGUUGAAGCAGCGCCUGGAAUUAGCGAUGGGUGCAGGGUGGCAUGUCAUCGUGGGUGGCGACUAUGCGGUGGAUCUUCGAUACCGUAAGGAGGCUUGCGUGCUGCUGAGUAGCAAAGUCGGCAAGAUGAAGGUGCUACUGUACCGCACGACACCAUCUAUCUCUCCUCGACCAAAGCAAGAGCACCAAGCUUUGACAAGAAUGGGUGAAGACUUCGCUGUUAAGAGAAAGGUCGUUGUUCUAGAAAGUGACAUGGAUGAUGAGAUGGCGGAUGCAGUCAUUGACAAGACCACGAGACUUUACAACUACUUUAUAGUAGCGGAGGAUAACGAGAGCAAGAUUGCUGAAGCCCUUAAGCAUUCGCUUACGCUCGCCUAUGGCCCGACGUGGCAAGUAAUAGCAACUUCAUGUCGCGAGUUUUGCUGUCUGCCUAUCGCCAAUGAAGGCUUCCACAUUGACUUUACUGUGUCAAAGCUGCGUGUUGUGGUGUACCGCCAUGCUGGGACGAGCUUGGACCGUCAGUUGGAUUCGGCGCAAUUUGCCAAGCGCGUCGCCUUUGUUCUAGCUAUGAUAUGUUUGCUCCUGUUCGCGUUCCUAUCAUUCUUUUCGUCAGGGGCACUCACGAAAUGUAAGGCACUUGGUAAUGAGAGCAGCUCGGUGAACGGGGUUGGUUUGCCUGAAGGCUGCACUGCAGUAGACUUGAAACGGGCGAACGAUCACGCGUGGUGGAAGUUUGCUGCGAUGCUUGGAAUGGUGGUGUUUACAAUGAUGGCGUCGCUUAUUCGCAUGUGUGUCAAGUCGCUCACUCCGAAGCUCAAAUGUGCAUAG